AUUUGCCCGAUGGCUGUUAGCUUUUCCAACGAUGAUUUCUAGUGUAACGAUGACGAGUAGUACGUGUGUCUAAUCUACAUAAUACGACUUCUUAUCGCGUAUUCGAUUGUGCUCUAGAUAGUUGGAGAUCUUCAAUUUAAUCGAACAGCUGUUUUUCGUUUUUCAUUCAAUCGUCUUCGAUACUUAUAUGAAAGAUGCCCGAAGUGACGGAGAUGCUAUGUAUAUUUUGCUUGAGAUCAGUGACAACCACGAGUCCUGUCUUUGCGGAAGAUGAUAGAAUCCAAGAAUACAUCGCGAUCUCCCGAUGUGGUCACUUAAUGCAUAUGAGCUGCUUCGUUUUCGCACAUCCUACAGAUCGGGUAACUUGUCGACAGCCAAAAUGUGGUAAAGUUUUAGACCAUAAUCAAGUACUUGCAAUCGACUCUAUUCUUAAAGAUCGCAUGGUAGAAACAUCAGAUGAGAAAUGUAACGACCGUCUUGACGACGAAUUAACAACAGGUCCUAAUCUAGCGACGACUACGAGUAACUUAGAAUUGACAACCAGUUUGAAGUUAGCCAAGGACAAGAUUGCCGAACUCGAAGCUAGUGCUAACCAUCAUGCUGAACUUAUGGUGGAAGCUGAGAAACGCACCAGAGAAGCCAAAGCAGCUGAGUUAGAAGCUAAGAAGCGUCAGUACGCCGCUGAGGAUAGAAUAGCUCAACUCGAAGCUAACGCCAAGUGCAACGCAGAACUUUUGGUGAAAGCUAAUAAACACGUCAGUGAAACCAAAGCUGCUGAGUUGAAAGCUACGAAGCGUUACUACGCAGCUAAAGACAAGAUAGUUAAACUCGAAGCUAAGGUUAAGCUCAAAGCACAACUUGUGGCCAAAGCUGAUAAAUGCACCAGCGAAGCCAAAGCUGCUGAGUUAGAAGCCAAGAAGCGUUACGACGCAGCUAAGGAUAAGAUUGCUCAACUCGAAGCUGAUGCUAAGCAGAACGCAGAACUUUUGGCCGAAGCCAAUGAAUGUGCCAGCGAAGCCAAAGCUGCUGAGCUAGAAGCCAAGAAGCGUUACGACGCAGCUCAGGAUAAAAUAGCUCAACUCGAAGCUACUGCUAAGCAGAACACAGAACUUUUGGCCGAAGCCAAUACACGUGCCAGCGAAACCAAAGCUGCUGAACUAGAAGUCAAGAAGCGUUACGACGCAGCUGAUGAUAAAAUAGCUCAACUCGAAGCUGAAGCUAAGAAGAGCGCAGAACUUUUGGCCGAAGCCUGUAAACACACCAGUGAAGCCAAAGCUGCCGAGCUAGAUGCUAAGCACUACUCAGAACUUGUGCUAGAUGCUAUUAACAAACGCGCCAGUGAAGCCAAAGAAGCCGAGUUGAAAGCUAAGAAGCAUUACAACACUGCUAAGGACAGUAUAGCUCAACUGGAAGCUAAAGCUAAGCACAACUCAGACCUUGUGGCUGAAGCUAACAAACGCACCAGUAAAGCCAAAGCAGCCGAGCUAGACGCCAAGAAACGUUACAGAUUAGUUCUUGGAAUGUUGAGCAAUCAGCUUAUUGCCUGUAGGUGUACCUUCUCAUCUGAUUUCAGUGUUCUUGUCUCGAAGGAGUACUGUACCGGUGUUCCAAUACUUCCGCCAAAUGAGCUGUCACCUCCGGCACCAACGUCGCCAAUUGCUCCAAUUUCUGCAGGUUCGAACAAUGUGCUUCAGCUUGACCAAACUCCGGAGGUCGUUCGAGCAGAUUCGCCAAAUAGAGAAUGUCUCACGAUGGAAUCGAUUGCAGAUUUUCCAAACGCGUUGGCAGAUUAUACACCAAUGAGUCCAACUGAUGGGGAUGAUACAUUCUUGCUAUUUUCAGAGUCGAUAGAAAGGUCAAAAGUAGCCACUGGUACGUCGAUGAAAUUGCCUUCACAUCGUGUUAAAGACCCUCGUAGUCCACAACUGAAAAGUGCAGCGAUGGAAAACCCUAUUUCGGAAUCCAUGCUGAGUGAUAACAACACAAACCAUUCGCCUCAGACUACCAGCAGUGAGAGUUCUAUUGCAGAUAAAGCACCUGCUUCUAGACACUCCAGAUCAGCCAAUACCAGUACCAGUUCAUAUCGCAGAAAAAUGAGGGCUCAAAUUUUGCCACGAGAAGAUCGCUCGCCUGCUGCCAAACGAUGGAAAGGUGCCAGUGAAUCGAGCACUCGACGUGAGUACGAAAAAUACUGGCAGCGCUUUCAUAUAACACCACCAAAGUUAAACCCUUUCUUUCCUGUGAAUUCUUUUCCAAUGGGUUACACUGUUGCUGACAUUCAAGAUACUGAAAAAGUGGGUAAAGUGGCCAUUCUUGCCUACGAUGUGUGUCUACUCGGCGAUGGUCACUCAUUAGGCAUCGCGAAUUAUGUCGUUAAAAACAAACCAAUCAAAGAUCAGCUUUGUGAAUCUUUGUACAGACGAGAUCUCGGUAUCGUCGAUCUAAUUACGACUCUGAAUCGUUUUACAGCCCUGCCAGAAAGGAUUAUUUUGUCCAUUGGUAGUUGGGAUGCGACCCAAAAUAUGCAGUGUUCGAAAUUUCUGGCCCAUUUUAAGGAUUUGUUGCAGAUUUUCGAGAAAUGCCAGGUCAAAGUUUUGUACAUUCUGCCUAUUAUUACUUACCCAGGUAUGGAUGUGAAUAGAAAAUCGAUCGACAAGAGUUUGAGUACUGAUUGGGGCAAGACCUUUGGUGGCCAGUAUGAAUUGUUAUCGGAGAUGGUAUCCGGUGCUAUCGAUGUCCAGCUCCCAGUGAUCGAUGAUAAAGGUCCGAUGUAUGAAGUGGACGAAUACUCGUCGUUAGUGGCAGCCAUUCGUGAUCGGUUCAUACCUGUGGCAAUUACGUUACCUGACGAAAAUAAAGAAGCUGAGGCUCCCUGAUCUAUUGAUGAGUGAAAGAGGUAAAGAUAUUUUACCAGAGAAAAAUUGACGAACGUACCUGUUUUGUAAGCUGAUGAAGCCAGGGAUUCUCGGCCCGACAUUAUCAAUUUCGAGUACGACUUACUCCAGAAUAGUUUUUAUGUUUUAUUGAAGCUUCACGACAUUGUUUCGUUCGCAAAGUAGCUUAAUACAUACCGUUUGUUAUUUUCGUUUUUCAUUUUACUACCAUUGGGAUUUAUAUAUUUUUUUUUCAUUUGUUUUAGUAUAAGUAGAUAAGUAGUGUGUGGUCUUUUAUCUUUUAUCUUUUACCUAGUGUGGUAUUAGUUUUCGACUGAAGUACCUAGUCACCUUGAUCUGUAUACUUUCGUGAUGUCAACAUACUUACUCGACACUCGUAUUAUGAUUCAUUGAAAUUGUGUUGUCUUCUGUGAUAGUUAUUAUUAUAUUUGCGAUAUUUUUCUGUUUGUUUUUUGAUAUUAAUGUAAGUAUAUGCAGGCGACCGACAGCCCAUUAUUACUAGAUACCUAUCUAUAUUAAUUUUUUAGGUAUACAAUUUUUGACAAUCAUGACGACGUAUUACACAUUAUAUAUUUUUUUCAUGAA